AUGAAUCACUGCAAACACAGCUGUAAACAUGUCAGCACAGUGAUAUCAAACGUGGAGCAGAGAAUCAAUUUGAAAUUUCUUGUUAAGUGGAAGAGCCCAACAGAGUAUCUCAAACUUCUCUGUGAGGCUUACGGAGAAGAUGCAAUGUCGUGGCCACUAGUCUUCGAGUGGCACAAAUGCUUCAAGAGAGGCUGCGAGGAGGUGGACGAUGACCCCAAGUCAGGACGGCCUUCCACAAUGAAGAGGGAAGAGAACAUUGAGAGAGUGAAGCAGCUGGUGCAAAGUGACUGCAGAUUGACAGUGAGGAUGAUGAUUGAACAGCUCAGCCUGAAAAGGGAGCAGUCAGUGCGCACCAUCUCGGUGGAGGAGCUGGGGAUGCGAAAGGUGAGUGCCAAGAUGGUGCCCAAGGUUUUGUCGGAUGACCAGAAGGAGAAGUUUGAGACACUCUGUUGA